AUGAUUCUUUUUAUCUUUUUGUUCUUUAUUGGAUAUUACUCUUACAAACAUAAACCUAACGCAAAUUCUUUUAGAGAAUUUAUUCUAACCAGUAAAGAAACAAAUUCCCCCUCCACCUCCUCUCCCUCAACCUCGCAGGAUUUAUUUAAAUUUUUUAACAAACUUUUAGUCGGGCAACCAAGUGUUCCAGAAUUUAAAAUAGACGACUAUUAUUGUUUUAAUGUCGUAUCCUUCAAGGACGGAACUGCAACAUAUGUAGGUUUUUUAGAUAAAUGGUAUCUAUGGAGCAAAAUUGAAGUGAUUGGUUCGAGUGGAAGAGGUGAUCGACUAUUCGGGCGCAAAAAAAAGGGUUCGGCGACAGAAAUGCAAGUCAUUGAAGGGUUAGCGUACAGUGAUAAAGAAGCUGCUAUAAAAGCUAAAGGAAAGAAGGAUUAUCAUAAGGCAGCAAAAUCAUUUUUAUCGGCGGCUAAACAAUUCAAGAAGGUUGGUGAUGAUUCUAAUCUUCUUGAAGCUGCAAAUUCACUUGAGGCGUUAGAAAAAGCGGCUUCUAUUUAUGAAAACAGCGACAGACAAAGUACCCGUGCAGCGCGUGUAUACGAAAUAUUGGCAGAACAGUAUAAAAAAACAAAUAGUACACAGCACAAUUUGGAGAAAGCACUCAAGAUGCAUCGCAAAUCUGCCGAACUAUUUGAAUUAGAUGGAGAUGGUCGUUUCUUGUUUUCUUUAACAUCACAAGCUGAAUUAUCUGCUGAGAUUGGAUAUUAUGAACAAGCAAUUUCUCUUUUUGAUAAUAUAAUUAUACUUUCGGCAAAUGAUUCCAUUCUUAGUUUUAAAGUUAAAAGUCAUGUGUUUUUGCAGUGUCUAUGUAUUAUCGCUUUGGGUGACUGGGUGAGACUUGAGAAAAGAUUUCAACAAUGUAUCGAGGAGUAUCCGAGCUUUGCGGAUAGUAGAGAAUGUGCUUUUAUAAAUAAAUUAAUCGUAUCCAAAAAUUCCUGCGAUCCGUCUGGAUUUGCUACAGCUUGCAAAGAAUAUGAUCAACUUACAACAUUGACUUCAUGGCAAACGCAUAUCUUACUUGGAGCCAAAAAAGAUUUAGAAGUUGAAGAUUUACGAUAA